AUGCUGGGAGAACGACCAGACUCAGACGACCCAGAGCCAGGGACGUGCAAACCAGCAAGACGACACCAGUGCUCCCACUUUAGAAAGGGUUGUAACCGGUUAUGGAACCUGAAACAACACGAGAAAAUACACACAAGGGAGAAGCCUUACCACUGCUCCCAGUGUGGAAAGAGUUUUAAGCUUUUAGGAACCCUUAAAGCUCAUGAGAGAAUACACACAGGGGAGAAGCCUUACCACUGCUCCCAGUGUGGAAAUACUUUUAACCAGAAAGCACACCUGAAACAACAUGAGAGAAUACACACAGGGGAGAAGCCUUACCACUGCUCCCAGUGUGCAAAGAGUUUCAAACGGCCUUGUCAUCUGAAACAACAUGAGAGAAUACACACAGGGGAGAAGCUUUACCACUGCUCCCAGUGUGGAAAGUGUUUCAGCAGUUUAGGGGAGCUGAAACGACAUGAGAUAAUACACACAGGGGAGAAGCCUUACCACUGCUCCCAGUGUGGAAAGAGUUUUAAGCUUUUAGGAACCCUUAAAGGUCAUGAGAGAAUACACACAGGGGAGAAGCCUUACCACUGCUCCCAGUGUGGAAAGAGUUUUAAGCUUUUAGGAACCCUUAAAGCUCAUGAGAGAAUACACACAGGUGAGAAGCCUUACCACUGCUCCCAGUGUGGAAAUACUUUUAACCAGAAAGCACACCUGAAAGCCCAUGAGAGAAUACACACAGGAGAGAAGCCUUACCACUGCUCCCAGUGUGCACAGUGUUUCGGCCAGAAAGGAAGCCUGACCCAACACGAGAGAAUACACACAUGGGAGAAGCCUUACCACUGCUCCCAGUGUGGAAAGGGUUUCAAUCAGCCAGGGUAUCUGAAACGGCACGAGAGAAUACACACAGGGGAGAAGCCUUACCACUGCUCUCAGUGUGGAAAGUGUUUCAGCCGUUCAGGGGAGCUGAAACAACAUGAGAGAAUACACACAGGGGAGAAGCCUUACCACUGCUCCCAGUGUGGAAAGAGUUUUGUGCUUUUAGGAACCCUUAAAGCUCACGAGAGAAUUCACACAGGAGAGAAGCCUUACCACUGCUCCAUGUGUGGAAAGAGUUUUAAGCGGAAAAGCAACCUGAACCAACACGAGAAAAUACACAGAGGGGAGAAGCCUUACCACUCCUCCCAGGGUGCAAAGUUUUUGCCCAUUUAGGAAGCCUGAAAGAACACAUGAGACUACACACAGAGGAGAAGGCUUAGAAAUUGCUCAGACUGGGAAAACAUAUUACUCAUCACAGUCACUUGAACGUCAUGAGAGAAUCCACACAUAAGAGAAGAAUUACUUGUAUAUUGAUAUUUCACAUCUCAUUGACUUAAAAUUCAUCAGAGAACAUACACAGUGCUCCCAUUGUCUUAUAUUGUUGACUGAUAAUGUGUUUACUUGUUUUUACCAUAUGAAAUUAAAUGGUACAAGGUAUACUCAAA